AUGCAGAACUGUUCUCGAGUUAUGAUGCCGUCCAUCAUUCAGUUGAGACCGUUUACACAUCUCGCCAAGCGUGGCAUUCGGCCAGCGACCACCCGUCCUGCGUUGAUGAUAUCUUGCCAGCAAAGACUUAACUCUUCAGCUUCGCCACCACCAUCAGACCCCAACAAGAAGUUGGAGGCCAGCGUUUCUAGUGUGGCUAAACCAAAAUCAAAAGAGCCUCUUAUGCAAAGAAUAAAGCACGAAAUAAGGCACUACGUCAAUGGUACAAAACUUCUCGGAUACGAGAUCAAGAUCUCUACCAAACUGCUUAUUAAAUUGGUUGAAGGCUACGAACUUUCUAGGCGUGAAAGAAAUCAACUAAAGCGUACUAUGGGUGAUGUUUUUCGCUUAGUUCCGUUUAGUGCAUUCGUUGUAAUUCCUUUCGCAGAGCUGCUACUACCAAUUGCUUUGAAGAUUUUCCCCAACUUGCUUCCCUCAACGUACGAAUCAGGAAAAGAUAAACAGUUAAAAAAGCAGAAGUUCAAUGACGUUAGACAGAAAACUUCCAACUUCCUUCAGGAAACGCUGGAGGAGUCGUCUUUAAUUAGUUACAACUCUAUCGAAAGUGCUGAAAAAAAGAAGAAGUUCUUAAAUUUCUUCAAGAAACUAAAUUCACCAAAAGACGGCAAUGGUGAAGUCUUUACUCAUGAAGAGAUCUUGGCGGUGGCACAAAUGUUCAAGAAUGAUACGGUAUUGGAUAAUCUGUCUCGCCCUCAAUUAGUUGCUAUUGCCAAAUACAUGUCAUUGAGGCCUUUUGGAAAUGACAAUCUACUUCGCUACCAGAUUCGUUAUAAUCUAAAGAACAACAUGCAAGAUGACAAAUUGAUCGACUACGAAGGCGUAGAAUCUUUGUCCAAUGAGGAACUGUAUCAAACUUGUAUUUCACGAGGCAUCAAGACUUUUGGUGUCCAGCGCGAGGACUUGGUAGAAAACAUGAAAGUCUGGCUUGAGUUGAGAUUGAGACAUAAGGUUCCAAGCGUUUUGAUGAUAUUGAGUAGCGCAUAUACAUUUGGCGGUUUAAAUGCCCAUGCUGCUAAUGCGCACACGGCAAGGACUGAAAAAGUCGAAGACACUAAAUUUAAUCAGCUAGUCGACUUGUAUUACGAUGGUAUAUUACAAGUGUUGAGUUCGAUUCCUGACCCUGUUUACAAUGUGGCCAAGCUGGAUGUUAGUGAAUCCAAGGAGCCAAAGCCUGUAGAUGAAGUCUCAAAAGCUCCAGAGACUGCCGAAAAAGCUGCUGAAGCAACGACCGAAACGGCAAAUCUCACAGCAGCCAAAGCUCAAGCUUCUGUCAAUGUUGAGGCCGCGGGAACUAAAAAGCCGGAGCCAAAAGAGCCCGAGAAACCUGCAGAAGCUGAAGAGGAGGUUCGUCGCUCUGACGAUAAUGAGUUCAAACUCAAUGUUUUGAAGGAACAAGAAGAGUUGAUCAAAAAAGAAGAAGAGGAAGCAAAGAAGAGAAAAACCUCGAUGGAGGCAAUUAAUGAUGAUAUUCGUUUAGAUGAAGAUACCCCAACGAUCCCGGUGCCAGCAAAGGAUGCUGCAGAAGUGUCUCUAACGAAGAAGGAUUAA